ACUGUAACUACUGCCAAGCAGAUUGCACGUCACUUCGAGUGAAAUGUGCAGAAUGCACCGAUUUCGAUUUGUGUCUUCAAGUAAGGAUUGUAGAGUUGUUACUGACUCGUUGAUCUAUCUUCGUCAUUAAGCUCUGUCUUUUUUAUUAUUCAAUCACUGAUUUCGUUUUAGUGUUUCGCUUGCGGCGCGGAAAUGGGUAAACACAAAAGAGGACACGAUUAUCAACUUAUGGUAGGUCACGUGAUGAUAUGCGCUUUCACAAGCCUUGCAAAAAAUUUUGGGUGGCUUCCAAAAUUUUGUCUUCGUUUUCACCAUUCUGGUUUGAUUAAAACUAAAAUUCUUAAAUUCAUAUAGUAUUUUUCUUUAACUUGGAGUCUUUUCUUUGUUAAAUUUUUAAGGUGAUCUACUAGUGAGACCUGGAAUUGUUUUCUGAAUAUUAGCGGACAAUCCUUCCCCCCCCCCUCUUCUGCCCUACAACUUCUCACAGGAUCAUCUCAUUAUUCUGGUCAUAAGCCCAACUCCACCCUCCCCUCACCUGUUUAUUCCUCAUUCUGAGUGUGCGUGUGAAGAGUCCACAAUAUUGGUCUGAGGUCAGCCUGCAAGUAUGUGCAAUGAUCAUUACACCCACUUUCCCAGUCUCUCUUCCAAGGUUCUGAUAUUUGUCAAACUUUCCUUCCUCUCCCUUAAACUGAGUUUUCUAGAACUGUGAUGUUAAUUGCUUGAAGAGACUUAUUACUUGAUAUGUCUCUUCAUGGUUAUUGAGAACCAACAAAUGAAGUUAUCUUGCUCUGUUCUCAUGACCACUUUGAAUGCUAUAAUUGCAUAUUUAUUUGAAAGUUUGUUUCCCCAUGACACUCUGUGAUACUUUAAUAUAUCAUUACUGCAAAAAAUGAUAUUUUUUCAGCUUAUUUCAUUACACCUCUAACAUUAAUAUUAUCAUUGUCUUCAUUAUUAUUUUCAUUAUCUUUAUUUACAAGUAUAUCAAUAUUCAGUUAAUAUCUUAAGAUAACUGAGGAGAUCCUGGUGACAUAUCUCAAAAACUUGUAUUGUUCAGGAUGGAGGGACAUUUCCAUUGUUUACUGAGGACUGGACAUCUGAGGAAGAAGUGCUGCUUUUAGACGCUAUAGAGCAGCAUGGCUUUGGAAACUGGUAAUCGCAAUUUACAAUGUGUAACUUACAUUUGGCUCACCAACAGUUUUUGACAAGCUCCAGUGGAAAGGCUUGAGACUAAAGCUAUGCAGUCUGAUUGAUAUGGUUAGGGAAACAGAGUGAUCUAAUGUUAGCUAACUGGCCUGCCUGCAGAUUGAAAGGUGUAAGUGUAAACCCUCCCUGGGUCAGGGGCAAGGCACUUCAUUGAAUGGGUUCUGGGAUGGGUACCUGGAAAAAAUGUUUAGGGUGUAUCCCUUUUUCUCAAGAAGAGAAGCAAUUUUCCUUCUCAAUUCAUGCCUGAAAAACUAGGAGAAGAUCCAGUACCCAUGAAAAUCAGUCUCAUAUACAGGAUGAUUGGGAAGUGCAAUACAUUUUAGAUUUUCCUUGUGCCAUUGUUAUUCAUGUUUUUUUUUUUUCAGGGAUGAUGUCGCUGAUCACAUUGGUACCAAAACAGGGAAAGGUCUGCCAGGCAUUCAAUGUGUUGAUUGAUUGAUUAAUUGGUUACUUAUUUAACUAACUUUUCACUAGACUACAAUCUGUUCAUAGCUGAUAACAAAUAAAAGCGUGUUCUUGCCAUCAAGGACUUGUUUAAAACCCUUUACAAAGUACUGAUUGGUAAAGUCUCAUCUCACAUUCUCAAAUAUGUAACUACCUGUUAACAAUUUUCUGAUGAAUGAUAAGAAGCGAAUAACAUAUCCAAGACAUUUGCGAAAUUGUGUGAUCCAUUAAGUUUUUGACAAAAUGUGGCAGUAAAAGCUGUUCAAAGUUAGGAAUCAUAUUGAAAUGUUUAAUUAGGAUCUUUAUAAUUCUUCUGUCUCUCCUUGUUGGCUCGUUUUUCUCAACAACAUGUUGAAAAAGUUUUUUUUUUUAUAAAUCUAUCUUUAUCAACAGAGACCAGUGAACAUUAUGCAGACAAUUACAUCUCAGGAGUUGUUGGACAAGGUAAUAAUUUGUGUUAAAUAUUUCACAAGUUCUUUGUUACACAGGGCGAUGAUGAUGAUAAUGAUAUUAACUUUAUUCCUGUGUCAAUUUAUUCAGCUAAACAGUAAGUUUGUGUUCUGUAAGAUUGUAUUCUGUAUUCUCCAACUGAAUAUUUUGCAAGCUGGACCAGUUCUUAGAAAGUUCAAUGCUCAAGUUAUCAUCUGACCUCAUUAUUUAUUUGUUGUCCUAUUACGCCAUGACAAAUGAAUUAAGUAUCUCUUUUUGGAAUUUAUUUCUCUUUGAAAAAGUAGAUACUAUAAGUCAGUUUACUUCUCAUGAAGGAUAGCUGCUGGAUACAGAAAAAAACCGUAUCAUUUCAAAGCCACGAAGUAUUUUUUCUGAAGACAGGAUGUGUUUCAACCCAGUGCCUCUGAUUUCCAAUGACAAUUUUAUAAUUUUCUAUCUCAUUGUGUUAUAGCGACUGUUGAACCUUUUAAGAACAAAAUAGUUGAUCAUACAUCUGCUGAUCAAGGUAUGGCAAAUAACUAUAAGUUUGAUGAAUAAAGAUGAUACCUCUAUGCGCUGAAAAUAAAGUGAUUUGUUUUAAUACAAUAGCCACACUUUGAACUGACAGAAGUUGUGUAGAAUCUGAACUUUUUAUCAUUCAGUGACAAUUGUCCUUUUGAAGCAGCGAAUUUGAAUGUGUUACUUGAAAUGCAGUAUUAAGUAAUUAAUCAAAGAGGCCUUUACUUCUCUCCAACUUACAGAAGUACUGUCGCCAACUCUCUUGCACCCCCCUGAACCUGUGGAGAUGAAUAAUACUGAACAGCAGGAGCUAGGAUAUAUGCCACUCAGAGAUGACUUUGAAAAGGUAAUUAUAACAGAAUUUACAGUGCCAUUUUACCAGAUCAUUCAAAAUGCUCAGCCACCUGAGAUAACCUUUUUCACAGCAGCCUCAGAUGUGAUUUAGUGAUAGCUUCCUGGCCAUUGUAAAGGAAGUUGUAAAAGUCAGCACUAUGUUGCCAUAACCUUGUUUUGGUUAUAGUAAAACUGUAUUUUAAUAGUAAUCCACAGUUAAGAACUACGAUGAACAGACCAAAACUAGUCAAAGGAACUCAUCUUGCCUUACACAGGGCAUCAAAAGUACUCAUUUUUUGUGAAAAAUGUAGAAGCAAGAGGAUAGAGCCAUUAAGUAACUGGUAGAUAUUACCCACAAUUAUAUGAAACAUAGCUUAGGCCAUUUCCAUUUAGAGAGAGAAUUUUGCAUCCUUGUUGGUAGAGAAAUCUCUGACUUUUGAAGUCUCCUGAGCACUUAAAAAUUUAGUCAAUACUGCCCAAUACUGCUCAAAGGAUGUGGCUUGUGUAUCACUAUUGUGUAACACCAUCCAUCUAGACUUGAUAGGUGAGAAAUUGGGAAGUAAAUCACAAUUUUUUUUUUCUGUAGGAAUAUGAUAAUGAGGCUGAAACUCUUGUCAGUGGUUUACAGUUCAAUUAUGAUGACGAGGAUGUGGAAGUAGGUAAGGAUGAAAAAAUUCAAACUUGGUGAAGUGUUUUCAAGACAUCCUAAAGGGUUUCACAUACAUCUCUGCUCAAUUUAGCAAAUUGGAAUCAUGUAAUUAUUUGCUUACAGCACAAUGUAUACAGUUAGCUCCAGUAAUCUAGUUUCUGUUUUGUUUUGUAGAUUUAAAGCUAGGAAUAAUAGAUAUGUAUUUAAGAAGACUCAAGGAAAGACAACACAGAAAGAAGUAAGUACAAAUAACUUUUUGUAAGAAACAUUUUCAACUGACUGAUGGAUGUAUCCCUUACAGCUUUGCGAGCUGUUUACCAAGUAGGGUUCAUAUUAAAAGAUUGUCAUUUCAAAGCCAGUAAAAGCCUCUGUUAUGCAGUUCCAUUAUUUUUUGGCAUGUUUUAGUGUUUAUUUGUUUGUUCUUGUUUGUGAGCAGCUCAUUUCAAAUCUUAUUCUCACUUCAUCCUGGUCAAGAUGUCUGUGGUAAGAAGGUGCCAGGUUGCUUUUUUAAGGGGGUGGGGCUGGGGGGUUUGGGUUCAAAUGACCCCACCUCCUUUUUUUCAAAGGAGUUAUUGAUUUAUAGUUUUAACAAAAAAGUGACUUAACACUCUCACCUCUUAUUGCUGGUAUGACAUUAAGGUAAACACCAAGCUAGAAAGCUCUUCUGAUACAACCCCCUGAGUAAGCUCAGAUAAAAAGUCUUGUAAUCUAGUUGGUUGAAAAAUUUGACAUAGUUCUCCUCUCUUUUGUAAUGUUUAACCCCUUACACCCCAAGAGUGAUAAGCAUCUAAUUUCUCCUCACUGUAUCAUCCCUGAAUCACACAUUAAGGUGACAAGAAUAAAGAAAAUGAUCACCAACUAAAGAAGCUCUUGAUUGUUAAACAAAUUCUCCUUAUCAGCCCCUUAGGAAAUUUAUAGAGAACAGUAUGGAGAAUAUGCAUACUGAUGUUAGGGUGUAAAUGAUUAAGGUGAGGGUUUACAGGUAGCUCAUGUACAGUAGCAUUGAUGACAAUGUUUUAUUUCAUUUCUUUCCAGCAUUGCAAGACAACAUGGACUUAUUGCCAGCAAACACAGAAUAAUAGGUACCAAAAUCCAGCUAAUCACCUCAUAUUUAUCACACAGCAUGUUAUAACUGUUGCCCUUACAUGUAUCCUCACAACUCAACUUGCAGUGGCCUUUACAGCCACUUUGCCAAUCAUACCGGUAAUUAAAAAUCAAGUAUUUUUUAACAGCCAAAAGGAUUCCGUUUAUGCACCCUUGUGCUUAGCCAGUUACAAUUAUGAAAGGCUGUACCAAAUUAUCACUUUCAUGACUUUUGAUGAAACUUUUAGUUUAUUUUACUAUUUUCCUUCCAGCAUCAGUUAUUUUUGAGCAGAUUUUGAAGAAGGGGAGGGAUUCUUUUCAGAGGUUGUCAAGUCUUGUCCUCACAGAAGUCUAUGAACAUAUUUCAUGUAGAGACUUUGUUUUUGUUCCAGCUCUUCGAAGAAAGUACAGCAAAGAGGACAGGUUAGUGAUCUGUGUACAUCAACAGAGAACAAAAAGAUGAUGAGAUUAUGAUUUUCCUUUCCCAGACAUUAGUUAAUUGUUCCUUUGACCUUAAAACAGGGCUUGACAGUUUUAUUAUACUGUUUUCUUAGUGCGAGUUGUUACUUCCAGCAUUGGAAACUGUACAUGAUGAUGUUUUAAAAUCACCUUCAUCUUUUAUUUGUAGGGAGUUCAGGGAUGCCACCAGAGUUUUUGCGAGAUUUAAAAGCCACAGGGAAUGGGAGGAAUUUCUAAAUGGUCAUUUACGUAAGAAGAAACAGUGUGUAAAAAUUAUAAAUCUCGUAACUAAAAUCUUUGUAACAAAUGGAUCUCAAUUUUUCACUGUCUGUACUCAAUUAAUGACAAUAGACGUUAAGUCAGAAACUGAAACAACGAGAAUUAUUAAGUUUUGAAUAAUUUUUUAUGGGUGUGAAAGUUUACCAUUUUGUCCGUGUGUUUUGAAAUUGUCAAAUUUUUUUUUAUGCACUUUCAGGCGAAAGAGAAUUGCGAGCAAGAAUCAAAGAUCUCACGAGAUACAGAAAGAAUGGAAUCACAAAACUAGCAGGUAAUCUUUUGCUAAAGUAAGACCUAAAACGAGCGGGAUUUUAUAUGUAGUAACGGCAAUACGGCGCUCGCUUUUAAAUUUCUUUUUUAUUGCAAGAUAGAGGAUUAGUAUGAAUGAAAUCGGCACAAUGUAACUUUGUUUUUGGCGGAAAACAUUAAUUUUACAGGAAGUUUGCCUAGGAAAGCGAAUUGAUUCUUAAAAUAAAGUGUUAUCUCAGUGAAACUUACAUUUAGAGUUUUAAGGCGUUUUUCGCUAAAGCUGAACUGGUUAAACCUGUUUGACACGUUUUCAGAGUGUCAAGAAUAUGAUGAACAAAGGUUGCGACGAGAAAGAAGAAAGGAAAACAAAAGGAAAAUGGUGGUAAGUCUUUGUACGCUUUCUGGCCGAAGUUAGAAUUGUCACGACAUGGUUGUGAUGGAGCUUUUUGGAUUUUAGCUUCCAAUUUCAACAUGGUGGAGCUAGUUAAACUCUCAGAAGUGAUUAACAUGUAACUUCUCCUUAUAAUAUUCAUACAUUCCUUAGCAAACAGGCAAUGAGAAUACUCAGGUAGAAGUUGUCAAUUGAUCUGACACCAAAUUCACGUAACUAAUUUAUUAGGAAAUGUGUAACGGCAAGAGGGGAGAAUUAACAAUCAGAGCUUAGGAGUCUAAGGGUUUAUUUGUGAUCAACAGCUAGAUCUUCAAUGACCACAGUAAAUAAAGCGAUUGACAUAAUCAUAUUUUCCGGUCCUUCCUAGGGUGGAACCCAACCGAGAAGAACGAACGUGUCGAUGGGAAAAAAGAAUGAGUAAGUGAAUUGAAUGUUGUGGAUUGUUCUUGAAUAUCACCUCUUCGUAGAUUCUAGAAUAUGUCACCAUAUUUAUUCGGUGAAUUGUUUCCUCCGUAGGGCCUCAUCAGAAGACAAGGAUGAAAAAGGUACUAAACUUAGACGAUUUCAUUAAGACAAAAAGUUGUACCCUCUUGUGUGGACAUAACUCGAGUCCGCAGACUAAAAUUGCAAAGUUGCGCACAAUUCAACUGUUUGUUCUUCCUUUGCAGAUCGAUCGCUAUCGUCACCAAGUUUUGAAGAUCAGAUGAAAAACUGUCCGACCUACAAUUUACUGUCAUUAAUGGAGAGACAGGUGGGAAAGAUGGCUGUGGUUUAUCUAAACGUUUCUUUAAAAAAAUUUUAGGACGUAAAACAAUGUGCUGUGAUGUACCUGUAAGCGAACAUGUCGAAAUGUAAGCGUUGAUGAUUCUCCAUGGAGUUUUGACGCACCUCCCACGUUGGACAAGUUAGAGUCCAUAUGAGAGCGCUUUUCGAGCGACUGUCGUAAAUCCAAAUCUGAAGUUAUCACAGCAGCCAAUCAGAUGUUGGAAAAUAUUGUAAGAAGCCAAUGAGAACUGAAAAUAAAACAAGCAAAUUGCUUCAAGCGCCGAAAAACACCAGUGAACAAAACGCGAUUAGCUUAAGUUUUGUAUCUGAUUGGUCGAGAGGAUGGCGCUAGCUCUUUAGACCAAUCACUGAGCAAAAUGAAGCAAAGCCAUCACAAUCCCGGAUUUCGUUAAACGCCCAUUUGAAAAGUGUUCUAUAGGAGGAAAGUAUUUGUACGAACCUUAUCUUUAGUAGCCCUCUGAAAAUUUGUUUUUCUCUUCCACGACAGCUCUGCGCUUCUAUGCACAUGAAACCUGGAUUUUAUCUUACAAUCAAAACAAUUGUUUUAAAGGUGAGUUAGUUUGAUAUUAGGUUUUUUUCGUUUCGCUGAUUUUUUUACUCGUGCGACGGACUUCGCUAAAAAGGGGAGACUGCUCGUGGUCUUUGUUCGACGCAACUCAGCCGUAACUCAUUGGAGAAUGUUAACUCUGUGUAUUUAUUCAAUAUCCUGGCACAGUCAAGGUACACUGUUUAAUGAACGAGGACGGUGUAGUCAUGUGUGGGUUGAAUUUGUUGUUGGUUAUCGUUCGUUCACUGAGUACACCCCGGGUUUCUUAUUAGUCCUUCUUCAAGAAAAGCUAACAUACAACUAGUCUAUUCUUGUGUUUUUCGCGUCAACAUGUUCCCGCCAACAGCGUAGCUCCAUCUUCCUGUUUAUAAAUCACACAGAACUCCUAGUUCCUCUGAUUCGCUCUGACGAAGGGCUAGCGCUAGGACAUCAGCUUUAGAAACUCUUUACGGAGGCCACUUAUUUUUUAAUAUCCCCCACCCCUCCCCCGCCCCUUACCGACGUAGGACCACAGUUUCUUCAGGUCUUUAACCUCUUAAACCAAAUCAGGUUAGGUUACCAGCCGCUGGUCGUUAAAUGAGCCUGCGCUCCUUCUCAGAUAAAAGCGGAUAUCUAGCUUUAAACCGAGCCGACCUGGGAGCAGACAGCUGAUAGGGAGGUUUAUAUACACCUCCGCUUUGAUUUACACUUUAUUACAAAAUACCUUAACGCCUAGGGGAAAGGUGUAGGAUGUACUGUACAUAAUCUUGCGUUUUUACCAUCUAAGAGGGCUGAUAAGUUGCUUUCCUUCUACAGGACAAUCUACUGAGAAGGCAAGGUGUUCAGGUUAAAACUCGAUAUCCACCGAAUCUCGACAAAACACAUAGAAAACACAUCAUGAAUUUCCUCAAAGAGAGCGGCUGGGUCGCCACUUCGUGAAGCUGACACAACAGUCAUUCGAUGUGAAUACAUAAUACAAUAUAAAGUAACUUCUAAUGUACUGUACGAUGACAGAAUGUACAAAGGAAAUGUAAAUAUUUAGGCCUAUAGUCCACUGAAUGAUAAGUAAUAUUUAAGAAAGAUUGAGGUGUACAGUUUUAGUCCAUAUGUAAGCGGCGAGUUCAGCCAUAAAAAUGAAGACGAGUGGAGGGUGUUUUACAAAAUGUCAAUAUCAAAAAUUAAAGUGAAUUAUGACACUAACAGAUGGUAGAGUGAUAGUUGAAGUGAAUUUUGUGAUUGUAUGUGCGUGUUUUUGUGCGCGCGCCCCUCAGAUACUGAUUUUAAACAAUCCCUAUGACGCGUUCCGAGCUGCCCUCUCUCCCUUCAACUGA